ACAGAUAUAUUUCAUAAAGAGAUCCAGAAAAUUUAGUCAUCCAUACAAAUGCAUUACACGGAAAAUAACGUGUAAUCAUGACACUUCACAACGCCGUGGAAGAUGCCCUAGUCUCCUACACUGCGGCACAGUUAACUGAUGGACAUCGGUUUCCAGGGGAGGGCACUGCUAGUUCGACAGGUUUAUCAGCGUGACGUGACUGGAAGGCAAAUAAAAGUUUAUCAACUCUCCUUAACAACCAUAUAUGCUAGCCAUAUGCAGGCAUCCCAACUUUGCCAGUCCACUUAAACGAACGUCAAGGGUUGUGUUGUCGGCGCGCUUAAAGAUUCCUUAAAACCUUCCUCCCAAUGAAACCAUAACCUGCUCCAGCGUUCAUCACGCAACCCACUAGCAACAACGAGAUGAUGUUAGUAGAUGAUCGUGUCUGGGCUCUGUUCAAGGGACACUGGCAGCACACACUGACUUACUGGAGCGUGUUCUUCAGUUUCGGGCUGUGUAUCGCGUUCCUGGGGCCGACCAUCCUGGACCUGAGGUGUCAGACUCAGUCCACUCUGCAGGAGAUCACUUGGGUCUUCUUCGCCCAACAGCUCUUCCUCAUGCUGGGGAGCGCCCUGGGAGGACUCUUCAAGAAGACGCUCCGCUGCUCCCUCUCAGCUCUCUUCGUCUCCAGUCUUGUCAUCUCCGUGGUGUUUGCCAUCAUCCCACUUUGCCACCAUGUGCUGAUGCUGGCUGUUGCCAUGGCGAUAUCUGGCACGGCAAUGGGGGUGAUUGACACUAUCGCCAACCUGCAGCUGGUGAAGCUCUACCAGAAAGACUCAGCCAUUUUCCUACAGGUCCUGCAUUUCUUCAUAGGGCUGGGAGCGUUGGUCAGUCCCCUGGUAGCAGACCCAUUCCUGUCGGAGGGGAGUUGUGUUCUGGGGGGGAACAUGACAGCCAACUCCUCCACUGACCUCCAUCACCUCCGCAGCUACCUGGCAGGUAAGGGGACAACCCCUCUGCACAACGUAUCCCACCACUACCACCUCCACACAGAGGGCAUCAUCACCACCAAUGUGUCCUACGCAUUCUGGAUCAUGGCUCUUAUCAAUCUGCCUGUACCAGUAGCAGUGUAUGUGUUGAUGUAUCGUGAGAGGCUGUUCCCCUGCUCGAACCACAGCCCACGUCUACUGGACAAGGAGAAAAACUCACAGAAGAACCAACAGGACCACAAUAUCCGAGGUCACAGGGGUUUGUUUGGCUGCUGUAACUAUGCUGAUGUGAAGGAUCGCCCUGCCUCCUAUUUCCUCCUCUACAUUCUGGGCGGAGCCGUGCUCUUCAUCACUGACGGCAUAAUAGGUUCUUAUACAGGAUUCAUUUACACCUACGCAGUGUCUCCUCCCCUCUCUCUGCCUCACAAGACGGCAGGCUGUCUGACCAGUGUGUUCUGGGCAUCCGUCACCGCGGGCAGGCUGGCGUCUAUAUAUCUGUCAUACAGAUACACACAACAACGACUCAUCUCGGUCAGCCUGGCAGGGAUGAUGGUGGUGCAGUGUCUGCUGUUGAUCCUGUACUCCAGCCCUGUGUUCCUCUUCAUGGGGACGUGUGUGUUAGGCCUCUUCAUCAGCAGUGUGUUCCCCUGCAUGGUGGCCCUCACAGAAGACAUGGUCAACUAUAAAGGGUGUGCCACUACUGUCCUGGUGACCAGUGCUGGUACAGGAGAGAUGGUGCUGCAGCUUCUCACAGGACAGUUGAUCCACAGUAAAGGCAGUUAUAGUUUCAUGUUGGUUGGUAUGAUAUCAUCCUGCAUCGGAUUCACAGUAUUCCUGGGCCUAAUCUACAUCCAGCAUCUACACAGGAGCUCCCAAGCAGCCACUAGUAAGGAAAUCGCCAUGACAGAGAAGCCUUCAAGUGAGUAAUGGAGAGGCCGUGAGGAUGAAUCAACGGAAAGAGAGGACUGUUUAAACAAAUGAGGGAAAAACAGAAAUGGCCCAAAUGUUUAAAAUGGCUGGAGGAAAGACAGUCCAAUGCUAGACUUCAGUCCCUCUGCUCCUUUCAUCCAGCUCUCAACACCGACAAUCAAGUUAAACGCGCAAAGACUUACCCCCCCCCCCCAGAUCAAACAAACGGAUUGAUUCAGCUGGCCUUAUAUACCAAAAUACAUCUUCCAAUGUAUCAUUCUAUGCAGUAUUUGAGUGGAGACAGUAUUGUAUGUUUUUCAACUGGGAAAUGUUUUAUGCACUACCUGUCUGACCAUGACUGUAGCAUUCGUAAACCAGGAGUUGGGAGAGUAGAUGUUAACUUGUUCAUGUCUUUUUAAAUGCUCUCUGACCCAUGACACAGUGCAAAGCCAUGAACAGGUGGAGACCAAAGCUUCCUCCAUUGGCAUGCUGUUUAUUCAAACUCAACGGCAGCUGGCGUCCUGCUGGAUCCUUACUGCUCCAUGUCUUAGAGCUUUCAUGUACAGUGACCCGUGUGACUCCAGUGGAGUGGUCACACGAGGACAGAUGGUGUUGCUAUGUGAGCAAGGUGUGGUGGUUAGUUACCUCGUAAAACUCACUGGAUUAGGAAAACAAGUCUUGUAGGGACAUACUUCCAAAUCUAGUCUUCAGAGGCUAAGGAACAGACAAACAGGGUGUCUAGAGCAAGUUUUUUUUUAAUAGUCUUCUGUUAAACGCUUCCUAUUUCACCUCAAACACAAACAGCUUGUAAACAUUUGAAAAGCAUUGAACAAAAUUUACAGAAGUGAACAAAACAAGAACGAUAGAAGCAAAUGUACUGGUUUUAUAAUUGAAUUGUGAUUCAAAUAAAAACAAUUGUUAAAAUGUCAAA